UCGGUAUUUCGUUUUCGUACUGCUGCGACUUGAAGGUGUCCGAAGGAAAGAAAAUACGGUGGUGCAAGUCGGUGCAUGUGAAGUGAUCAUGGCCGACGCGGAGACGGACGGGGGCGGCCGAGGGCCUCGAGCGUGCGGCGGCCCCCGGGUCGUUUCAAUCUACAAAACGGAGACGGGCUUCGGGUUCAACGUGCGCGGCCAGGUGAGCGAGGGCGGACAGCUGAGGAGCAUCAACGGCGAGCUGUACGCCCCGCUGCAGCACGUCAGCGCCGUCCUGGACGGCGGCGCCGCCGAGAAGGCCGGCGUUCGCAAGGGCGACCGCAUCCUUGAAGUUAAUGGGGUGAACGUGGAGGGGGCGACCCACAAGCAGGUGGUGGACCUGAUCAAGUCUGGCGGCGACACUUUGACCCUGACCGUGAUCUCGGUGACGGCGCAGGAGGCCGAGCGGCUCGAGCCGAACGAGGACCCCGUCAACUACAACUUCAUCGACUACACGGAGAAACGCUCGCUGCCCAUCUCCAUCCCCGACUAUCACUACCUCGACCGCCGCGGCGAGAAGUUCGUCGUGUUCAACAUUUAUAUGGCGGGGAGGCACUUGUGCUCGCGCCGGUACCGAGAGUUCUCGCAGCUCCAUGAAAACCUCAAGAAAGACUUUGUUGGAUUCUCCUACCCCAAACUCCCAGGAAAAUGGCCAUUCACGCUGAGUGAGCAGCAGUUGGACUCACGACGGAGAGGCCUGGAGCAGUAUUUAGAGAAGGUGUGUGCUGUGAGAGUGAUCGCUGAGAGCGACAUCAUGCAAGAGUUCCUGACCGACGCAGACGAGGACCAUGCAACCUUGUCUCCAAUCGACCUGAAGGUGCUGCUGCCUGACAGGGAGGUAGUCACCGUGUCUGUCAAGAAAAACGCCAACACCGACCAGGUCUACGCGGCCGUCGUGGACAAAAUCAAAAUGAGGAAAGAAGUUGCCAAAUUUUUCGGCCUCUUUGAAAUCGUCGAGUACAAUUUUGAGAGGAAGCUGCAGCCAAACGAGUUCCCUCACAAUUUGUACACUCAAAACUACAGCACGGCGACCGCCACCUGCCUGGCUGUUCGAAAGUGGCUCUUUUCAAUCAACAAAGAACUGUCCCUCUCCUUUGACGAGCAAGCAACAACCUUCAUUUUCUGGCAGGCUGUAGAUGAGGUGAACAGAGGACAUAUCAGGGCCGACGAGAGACUUUAUCAACUCAAAGCUCUUCAGGACUCUUCGAAGAAACACAAGUACCUUGAACUGGCUCGGGAGUUGCCUGGCUAUGGGGAGUUGGUUUUCCCUCACUGCGCCUGCGAUUCGAGAAAGGAGGGCCACGUUGUGGCAGCCGUUUCCACCAACUGCUUUAAGUUGCACGCCUGCAAGGAGGACGGCACACUUGUUGGCCAGACAGUUGAGUUUCCGUGGAGUAACAUCAAGCAGUGGGACGUGGAAGAGGAGGGCAUGGCGUUUGCUUUCCAGUAUCAAAAGCCCAACAAAAACCCGCGCUGGGUCAAAAUAUUUACCCCCUAUUUCGUUUUCAUGCAGGAUUGCUUCGACAGAAUACUCGAGGAGAGCAAGUGGCCCCAGGAAUGACCCUCGUCCCCUAACAUCAAGUAGAUCUUUGUUCCGGUAUUUACGAAUUGGAAACUAGUUCAACCCUCUGUGAUAAGAAGAGAAAACACUUGAGUGUAAACGCAGAAGACGAGACCUUCGGUGAAAUUAAAACUAGAUUCGGAGCUAGGGAGGCCAACUAAAAAUUUAUUCGGAAAUCUCUAGUCGCGCUUCGGAAAAAAGCAAAAUUGGUUUGUUCGUUAAGAUCUGUGCAUUUUCUUUGUUGUCAAAGACUGGCUUUGUGUCACUGUAAGGCCUAUUAUCUCCCUCUCUUUUUUCUAACAUUCCUUCUUUGACAGUUUUUCUGGCUGCUUCACAGUGCAUCGAAACAUUCCUUUCUGAAAGUAUUGCAAAGUACAAUGAUUAUAUUAUUUUUUGCAUUGAAAUCGUUAUUCGAAAAACUGUGACAUUAAUUGGAAUCCAUCGAGACUUUAAUUAUUAGUGCAAUAAUUAAACUGUUAAUUAAUAUCGUGUCUGAUUGUUGAUUUCUCCAACUCUCGGAAAUUGUCAGGACUGCUUUGUCAAAAAUCAUGCAUUGCCCCUCCAACGCAGAGUUGCUGUUUAGAUUUAAAGUGAAUAUAUAUAAAACUACGUUAUAUAUCAGCAAUUAUUAUAAAAAAUAUAUAAUUAAAAGCGUGAAAGUAAAUUAUGAAUGAUAAGCAUGCAAAUUAUUGUGUAAAUUUAAAUCAAAAGUUAAAAAAUUUGAAUUUCAAGAAACCAGUUUAAUAUGAUAGUGCCAUUCAUAAUCUAUAUCUUACACAGUUAUAGAUGAAAUUCGCUGAUUUUAUAAAUAUAUCAAACAAUCUAAAAAACAGCAGCAGUUGAGUUGCAAAAGUACGCGAACAAAAGUUAUAGUUAUAUUCCUCCUGUUAAAAAACAAAUAAAACUUUCUUUAUUAUCUGUCCUAUAAUGAUAAUAUGUAAAUAAAAUAGCGAACAAAAAUUUCAAGGAAAAA